UGUGUGUAGAUGGAUGUUUAACAGUGUGCUUUCCCUUAAUGGUAGAAUUUUGAGUUUUUACUCUUCUGUAUUUAAACUUCUUUUACAGUGACCACGAUUAUCUUCAGAACAUUUUUCAUAUCAGGGAAUAGCAGAGAAAUACAAUUCUGGGUCUGCAGGCUCUGGUGAGAAAUAGGCAAAUCCAGAGAACAGAGAAGAUGAGUAUUCUUUUAUUGAAGAAAGGAGGAAGUUGGUAGGGGCUCUUUUGACGGAAAGUUCAUUGGAGGAGAGCCAGAGUUCAGGCAUGUGGAAGUUUCUCAUUGAGUUGUGGUUUCUCAUUGGCUGGGUUGUUGUGGGGCAGGGAGAAAAUCUUCCUUCUUCCUGCCGGGGUACAUAAAGUAAACUGCCUUGAGUGAUUCUCAGGUCCUCUCUGGAUAUAUUCCCAGGAUUGGGAUUACUGGAUCAUAUGGUUCUGAGGCAGAAACAUCUGGAUGAUCAUCUACGGCAUAUAUCUGUAAGAAGAUUUGAAUCAUUUAAUCUGUUUUCAGUAACAGAAGCAAAAAAAGGGGACACUGAAGAGGAAGUUGGUGGUUGGGUCCAAUAUACAAGUGUCUUCUAUCCUGAAUACAGUAUUUCCUUAAGGCAUAAUAACGGAUCCUUGAAUGUUGAAGAUGUUCUUACCAGCUUUGACAAUACAGGAAAUGUUUGCAUCUGGCCAGCUGAAGAGGUGUUGGCUUACUACUGCCUCAAGCACAGUGAUGUAUUCAGGGACCUUGCUGUGUGUGAGCUAGGGGGUGGCAUGACAUGCUUGGCUGGGCUCAUGGUUGCUAUUUCUGCAGAUGUCAAAGAAGUUCUGUUAACUGAUGGGAAUGAAAAGGCCAUCAGAAAUGUGAGAGACAUCAUCGCAAGGAAUCAGAAGACUGGUGUGUUUAAGACUGGAAACAUAUCAAGCUGCGUUUUACGAUGGGAUAAUGAGACAGAUGUCUCUCAACUGGAAGGACAUUUUGACAUUGUUAUGUGUGCUGACUGCCUGUUUCUGGACCAGUACAGAGCCAGCCUUGUUGAUGCAAUAAAGAGAUUACUCCAGCCCAGGGGGAAAGCAGUGGUGUUCGCCCCACGUCGAGGGACUACUUUAAACCAGUUUUGCAAUCUAGCUGAAAAAGCUGGCUUCUCUAUCCAAAGACAUGAAAAUUAUGAUGAACACAUUUCAAACUUCCACUCCAAGUUGAAAAAGGAAAACCAGGAUAUAUACGAAGAAAAUCUUCAUUACCCACUUCUGCUUAUUUUAACCAAAAAUGGAUAGAAGAUGAAGCUGCUCAGAAGACGAAAACAAAUGCCCAGGGAAUAUUUUCACAAAAGCAGAAAAAUGCUGGUUAUAAUCUACAGCAAGCUGUUGGCUCCCUGAGAUUUUCAAGCCCCCAGGUCUCGGGCCCCACCACCUGUGCACCGUGCCACAUGUGGAUGAUGGAGUCCACCCUCCUCACCCACGUGAUGCCCCAGCCACCCCAAAUUCCUUUUUUGCCUUCUGCUUCCUGCACCAGACUUUUGUCUUUAAAUAUGUAUAAACAGCUUGAGAUUUGAAUUGGACUCAACCAAAAUAUGUUUCCCUCUCAUGGAGACAGAAUUUCUUUCGGUGAUUCCUACUACCCACCCCCCAACCUUUUAGAAAAUAUCUUGGUCUUUGUUCUGUUUCAUUGGUGGUAGUUUUUCAUCUGUCAACACAGCAAAGGUUUCUCUUUGCUGGUUAAAAAAAAAUAAAUAAAUGAAGCAAAUCUUUCA